CACCGCAGAGGAACACCCACAGACAGUGACGAAGGACGACACACAACAACCACCACGACAACCUGUUGACCCGCCACAACAAGUGUCAGUCAGCCCCGGCUCGUGGCAGGAGGACCCCGGCCCAUCUGCGUCUCCCCGAAACAGUAGAGGCUCUGCAGGGGAACUGAGUGCCCAUCUGCCCCCCCUUGGAGGCCCAACCACCCCCACCCCCCAACCCGGAGAUACGUACUUGUAUCUGCAGUAACUUCAACUGGAACUUUCCCAUCACACAGGCCCUGGACGUUGGACUUUUAGAAGAACAGGACCAAUACCUUCAUUUGCAAAGUUUCUCCGUCUGUAAAAAAUGAUGGAUGAUCACUUGUCAAAGAUACCCAUGAUGCCAUCUUCCUCCCCCACCGAAUCGUCUGGCAGCGGCGGGACUGACGACAGCAGAGGAGCCAAGAGUCCUCCUCCGGGGAAGGCUCUGAGUCCGGCUCUGGUCUGCAAAGUAUGUGGAGAUACAAGCAGUGGGAAACACUACGGCAUCUACGCCUGCAACGGCUGCAGCGGCUUCUUCAAACGCAGCGUCAGGAGGAGGCUCAUCUACAGGUGUCAGGCCGGUACCGGUAUGUGCCCCGUGGACAAAGCUCAUCGUAACCAGUGUCAGGCGUGUCGGCUGAAGAAAUGCCUGCAGGCGGGCAUGAACAAGGACGCGGUGCAGAACGAGCGUCAGCCCCGGAGCACGGCCCAGGUCCGUCUGGACUCCAUCGACGUGGACCCUGAGAAGGAGCACCUGGCCACCACGCGGGAGCCCACCUCCUCCUCGUCCUCCUUCUCGUCCUCGUCUUCAUCCUCCUCCACCGGCUCCGUCAUCACGUGGCCCCACAUCACCUCGUCUAUGGCCAUCACCUCCUCCGUGACCCCUCAGCGCUGCGUCAGCCCCCAGAACAACCACCGCUUCAUGGCCAGCCUCAUGACGGCCGAGACCUGCGCCAAGCUGGAGCCUGAGGAUGUUGAUGAAAACAUCGAUGUGACCAGUAACGAGCCGGAGCGAGCGUCGUCGGAGUACCACAUGGCUUUGUACCCGUCCAGCUCUGAGAACGUGUACGAGACGUCGGCGAGGCUGCUCUUCAUGUCGGUGAAAUGGGCCAAAAACCUGCCGGUGUUUUCCAACCUGCCCUUCAGAGACCAGGUGAUUCUCCUGGAGGAGGCGUGGAGCGAGCUCUUCCUGCUCUGUGCCAUCCAGUGGUCUCUGCCGUUGGACAGCUGCCCUCUGCUGUCGCUGCCUGACCUCUGCCCUGGAAUGCAGGGAAAAACCAGCUACACCAGCCUGGACCUGCGCCUCCUGCAGGAGGCCUUCAGCCGCUUCAAGGCACUCGCUGUCGACCCCACGGAGUUCGCCUGCCUCAAGGCCGUGGUGUUGUUCAAACCAGAGACUCGUGGUCUCAAAGAUCCAGAACAGGUGGAAAACCUGCAGGACCAGUCCCAGGUGAUGCUGGGACAACACAUCCGCUCACAUUACCCGAGUCAGCCGGCCAGGUUUGGAAAGCUACUCCUUCUUCUUCCUUCGCUACGUUUUGUGAACUCGGAGCGCAUCGAGCUGCUGUUUUUCCACCGAACCAUCGGAAACACACCGAUGGAGAAGCUGCUGUGUGACAUGUUCAAAAACUAAACCUGUACAGUCAUCCAUAACCAAUAAUCAAUAAUCAUCUCCCUGAACGGAGGGAUUUGAUUUGUACUCUGCAAACACAUCAGAUUCUGCAUGCUGGUAUUUUUUUAAGGCCACUUUACUCUUCUUCAUCAGGUCCUUCCACAUUAAAUAAACUGUAUAUCCUGCUUGUACUUGUAUCAUAUUUAGACUGAUUUGUGUCCAUCCUUCAGUGUUUCAUUAUGUUUGUGUUUUUUGUUUGUUGUGAAAAUGUGAAUGCACAUCUUUAUUUGUUCAUAGAUGCUCCCUGCUGUUGUUUCUUGUUACAGCAAGUAAAAGAUGCUUCAAAAUGA